AUGGCGGCCGCUACCACGCUCAAGCUAACCAACCGCUCGCCGAAGCAGCCCAUCAAGCGUCUUCCCGCCAGCGUCGAGCUGCCCGCAGGGGCGACUGUCGAGGAUGUGAAAAAGGCCAUCGCUAAGCAGGCCGGAAUUGGUGACUUUAACCGCAUUGGCCUCUUCGACACGGCCACCAAGAAGACGAUCAAGGACCGCAAGGCUCUCGUCGCCGACAUCCCUGGCGUCUCUGACGCCGGCGAGCUGCUCGUCAAGGACCUCGGCCCCCAGAUUGCCUGGCGCACCGUUUUCCUCAUCGAGUACUUUGGCCCGAUCCUCAUCCACGCCGCCGUCGUCGCGGCCCGCCCCUACAUCUUCCCCGGCGGCGACGCGCCAAUGUCCAACACACAGUGGCUCAGCUUUGGCUUGAUCUUGGCGCACUUUUUUAAGCGCGAGUUCGAGACGGCCUUUGUCCACAAGUUUUCCGCCAACACCAUGCCCGUCUCCAACGUCUUCAAGAACAGCUUCUUCUACUGGGCUGUUUCCGGCCUCCUCUGCGCCGUCUCCAUCUACUGGCCGCGUUCACUCGCCGCCAAGGCAAGCGAGCCGGCCAUUGACGCCGUCGGUACCGCCCUCUACCUCUUUGGCGAGAUCGGCAACGCGCUUGUCCACCUCUAUCUGUCGAGCCUCCGCUCCGCGGGCGGCACCGAGCGCAAGAUUCCCCGCGGCUACGGCUUCGGCUUCGUCACCUGCCCCAACUACAUGUACGAGAUUCUCGCAUGGAUUGGCGUCAUCAUUGUCAGCCGGGACUGGACCGUGGCGCUGUUCAUUGCAAUUGGUGGCGCGCAGAUGUUCGUCUGGGCCAAGGGCAAGGAGAAGGCGUACCGCAAGGAAUUCGGCGACAAGUACAAGAAGAAGCGCUUUGUCAUUCUCCCUGGACUUUUGUAA